AUGUCGCGACUACUUUCUUCAGCGCUGUCGCUACGUCGCGAUCCUCGUAUUCUAAAACUCCCCCCUUACUUGUCCUUCCUCUGCAUCGCGAUCGGUGUAAUCUGGCUCUUUCUUCUGCCAUUAAACGAAUACUCGCGUCGGACGUACAUCUCAGAGAAUGCCCUGUUGCCAGGUCAAGUGCAUACAUAUUUUGGAGGAAGCGAACAAAACAUCUUCCGCGCCUACCGACAUGAGGUUGACAAUUUAGUCGACAAGAACAACUAUGAGAUCAACGACAGGCUCGGCAAGAUUCUCACUGGUGUUGGAUUAAAGGUUGGGCGUCAAAAUUACACCUACCACUCAGCUGGCCAUGAGUACUCAGGACAGAACCUCUACGCAAUCCUGCAAGCUCCCCGUGGUGAUGCCACCGAGGCAAUUGUAUUGGUAGCUGCAUGGAAGAACGUUGAGGAGCAGCUCAACCGCAACGGCGUAUCUCUGGCAUUGACUUUGGUCCGUUACUUUAAACGCUGGUCACUCUGGUCUAAGGACAUCAUUCUUGUAGUUCCUCCCGAUAGCAAGACAGGCACGCAGGCUUGGGUUGACGCAUACCAUGAUGCUCAUAACCCUGAUCUUGUGGCUCCUUUGCCUCUCAAGUCCGGUGCUCUUCAGGGUGCCCUUGCUAUCGACUACCCCCAAGAACAGAGCUUCAAGUCUGUUCAUGUGAUUUAUGAUGGCCCUAAUGGCCAGCUUCCUAAUCUCGAUCUUAUCAACUCAAUCGUCAACAUUGCUGGUGGCCAGAUGGGUAUCGGUACUUCUAUUCAGAAGAUGACAGAGCACAAGGGUACCUACCCUGAUCGUUUACAAACUAUGUUGCGUGGCAUGCUCAACCAAGGUCUCGGGUAUGCAGCUGGUGCUCACAGCAGCUUCAUCCCAUAUCACGUUGAUGCCGUGACACUUCAGCCUUACGGCGAAGGAUGGCAUGAUGAGAUGGCCAUGGGACGCCUGGUUGAGGGGUCAUUCCGAAGUCUGAAUAAUUUGCUUGAGCAUCUACAUCAGAGUUUCUUCUUUUAUCUUCUGAUGCAGACCGAUCGCUUCGUUAGUAUCGGUACUUAUCUUCCCAGUGCUAUGUUGAUUGCUGCCAACUUUACCAUCAUGGCAAUCUCUCUCUGGGUCAAGAGCGGUCAAUCACCAGCGACGCAGAAACCCAAGGAGAAGACAUCUACCGCAUCUGUUGAAACAACACAAGCUGGACGGGAUCUGUUUGUUCCGCUCGGUGUUGUUGCUGUCUGCCAGGGUCUCGCAGCUGUACCUCUGUACAUAUUCAACCACCUUCCCGCUGGCUUACUCUCUCCCGCCUUUGCUGCAUUCUCCGCCAUCUCAGCCAUCCUACCCUUCGCGAUCUCUCGUCUCCUAACACUUGGCACCAAGCCCACGAUGCAGCACUUCCAACUCACAAAGUCUUUCUCUCUUCUCGUUCUUGGCAUGUGUCUUUCUACUCUUGCAACUCUCAACUUCUCUCUUGCUUUUCUCAUAGGCGUACUCUCAAGCCCACUCAGCUUUGUCCAGCCGGUCAAGAGCCUGGGGCUUCGCUGGUCUCUAGCAGGUCUCCUCAAUGUCGUGUCACCACCUACAGUUUUGUACGCUGCCGCCCAAAUCUGGGACAUUAGUAUCGCGGACUUGCUAAAGGAGGCUAGCUUCGGCUGGAACGUCUGGGGUAUGUACACACCCGUUGUAGUAUGGUGCCUUUGGUGGCCAGCCUGGCUCGUAGGCAUGGUCAAUGUCUUCGGAGAGGUUACUGCUUGA